UUCUCUCUCUAUAAAUGUUGUCGAAGCUGCUACCUGCCCUAACCAGCCGAGUUGAGAGGUGUUAGUCUUCGUAAGCGGUGUGUGUGCGCGCUUGCUUGCUUCGCGAGAUGGCCAAACCGAGCUUUCAGUGUCUGGGAACGUCCAUUGACGUACCGAACGUCCAAGCUCUUGCAGCUUCCAUCGCAAACCCGGCUGACGUCCCUCCUCGAUACGUCAGGCCGGAAGCCAAGGCUGAUCCCGUCGUUAGCGACGGCGACAGCGAGCUUCCGGUCAUCGAUUUCUCCAGGCUCCUCCAUCACCGUUUCUCUCGGGAAGAGUCUGCUAAGCUCCACCACGCCUGUGCAGACUGGGGCUUCUUCCAGUUGAUAAAUCACGGAGUUCCCGAUCAAGCGAUGGAGAACAUGAAGGCUGAUAUAGUAGAAUUCUUUAAGCUUCCCUUGGAAGAGAAGAAGGCAUCUGCGCAGUUGCCGAACAGCUUGGAAGGUUACGGCCAAACCUUCGUCGUGUCUGACGACCAAAAGCUGGACUGGGCGGACAUGCUGUACCUCAUAACUCGACCACUGCACUCGAGGAACAUCGAUCUCUGGCCCGCUCAACCUCUCACUUUCAGAGACUCUCUCUCUUGCUACUCCAUGGAGCUGAAGACCGUAGCAGGUGAUAGAAGAUGA